AUGGACACCGUUUACAAGUGCCGAAUAUGCUUACGCAUGUACCACGACAAGGAAGUUGUCAUCGAUUUGUCGUCGGAGGAGGCAAAGACGGAACAAAUUGCCGCCAAAAUACUAUGUUCCCUGUCAAUCUUGAUCACUGAUCAUGAUCCUAUAAAGCAUAUUUGUAGAAUAUGCUAUGGGCAAAUUGAAGUUAAUUUCAGAUUUGCAACUGCAUGUCGAAUAAAUAAUGCAAAGUAUAUUGAAAACUUAUCAAAUGCACCUUCAAAUGAUGUGAUCAAAACAGAAUAUAAAAAAUUUACAAAAACCCCGCUUCAUGCUUUGUUUAAUAAAUACCAGUAUGAUGUGAAAGGCUUAUUUGAUGCUGUAAUAAGCUUUUUGAAUGAUACUAAUGAAAACCUAAGUUCGACUAGACAUAUUGAAAAAUUUGACCAAUAUUUUGGUCUUAAUAGCCCCAACAGUAAUUCAAAUCAAUUUGAUAUUGAAAAUGAUACACCUAUUGGAAUUCCAGAAAGCUCUUCGCUACUUGGAGUAAAUAUCUCUAGUACAAAUGAACCCAAUGUUGACACUGUUGAUGAUGUUAUUAUUGACCGUAUUGAUAAUUCUGGUAUAGAUCUUAAUAACCGAUCUUUAAAACCUAUCAUCAACACAAAUGAUAUAAACCAUGCAACUAACACUACCAUACCUGGAAACAUUCUAACAAAUGCAAAUAUUCCUGUUAUAAGCUCAAACAAUUCAAGCCAUACAAUUAAUUCUAGUUCUGGUAUCUUUCGUUUUAUUUCUGCUGUCGGAACAAAUAAUGUAAAUCAAUCUAGAAUAAACCGUCCUAUUAUUUGUAAAAAUAAUGUAAUCAAAUCAACUAGAUUUUGCAUAUUAAGUAAAUCUCAAUCACUUAUGAACGGACGGAUUGUUAAAACAAAUAAUGUUCAAAAUCUUGGUUCUACUACACAUUCAAAUCAAUCUAAUGUGAAAAGUCAGUUCAUAGUCCAAAGUACAGUAAAUAAUCAUAGUGAUCAAUUAAAGAGAAAUGGACAAAUAAACGAUGAAGUAAUUUGUUUGGAUGAUGAUGAUGAAGACAAUGACAAUAAUAAUAACGGCAAUGGUAAUAAUUUACAAAGGCUUGUAAAUACCAUAAAUCCUAGAAACCAAUGGGUACUACCACCACUACCACCACUACUAAGCAGAAAAACUAAUACCAACAAUAAUGCUAAUACCAACAUUCCUAAAUCAUAUCAACGUAAAAAAAAUACUAUUCCAAAACAAUACAUUGCAAUUAAAAGAAAAGUACUUUUUCUGCACAACAGUACACCAUCCACAAAUAUCUCAAGUGAAGAAAUGACAGUUACUCCAGAUAUGCCACUUUCUACUUCUGAUGAUGGUUCUUUAUUAAAUCAGGAGGAAGACAUGUACUUUGAUGUAGACAAUGAGCCAACUGAAUCACUACUAGUUGAACCAGAAACUGAACCAUCAAGAGUUUUACCAGAUACUGGAUUCCAUUUUUUAUUCUCAACUGAUGAAACAGUGGACUUGACCACUAAAGAAGACAAUACUCCAAAAAAAAAACCAAUCAUGAAACAAAAGAAAACUCCUAAGCCCAAAAAGGCUGCGGCUUCUAAGAAACAGAUUCAGAAAACUUCCAUUGCUCAAAGUAAUCUAAAAACAAAAAGUCAACUAAUAAGAUCGUCUACAUCAUCAACUAUAGAAAAAAAAGAGACUCGGAAAACUUCCAUUGCUGUACAUAAUCUAAAAACAAAAGGUCAACUACUAAGAUCAUCGACGUUGCCAACUACAGAACAGUCGGACACGUCAAUUACAAAGCCUAGGCCCAAGAGAGCAUCUGCUAUUGACAGUGCUGCUGAGAAUAGAAAUUCUGGUUUAUAUAAACUGGGAAAACACAUAGAGACUAAAGAUUGCAGAUGGACCUUACCUGUUAUAAAUAAUAUUUCAUUACCUAUGUUUCAAUGUCCAAUAUGUAAUGUAUAUCUCUAUAGUCCAGAGUCACGCAAACAUCAUGAAGUCUUAAAGCAUUCCAAGUUGCUUGAGUCUAUACAUGAACCUGUGGAUAUUGAUUCUACCCCAGGAAAUACUGAACCGUUAACUGAACAGUUAACCCUUUUUAAUUAUUUGCAACUUUGCGUUACAUCAAAACAUAAAACAAAAGCAGUCCAUCAAUUGGCCAAAAGAACAAAUUUUUUGAAAGCAUUGAAGACUUUAGGACCUAAAAUUAUUGGCUCCUUUAAGUGUACUUAUUGCUCAUAUACAACAGAACUUAUAUUUGCUGUAUGGGCUCACAUGACCUCCGAACACCUUUAUCUUAAAUGUGAUGCUGAAAAAAAGACAUGUUUAUAUUGCUUUUUGUGCAAUCGCACUUUAACUAAACGUACAACAAUGCUCAAACAUUUAGACUCAUGUAUUAAUAAAAAACUAAGUGAACCACCACCACCACCAAUUACCAAUAACCCAAGUAAACGAUUAAGUUGUAUGUUUUGUGCUGAAACUUUUGAUUCAUUGUCAGUAUUCGAAAAACAUAUUUGGUCACAUGCAAAAAAGUAA